ACUGAGUUCAGGCGAAUAAAGAGGCAGCAGAUACACAUUGACAGCCUGUGUGCUCCUCUUAUCUGCCACAAUGUGCGUGUCACUGGGGAGAGCCAGCGGGGGAGGGAGAGAGGGAAGUGGGACAAAGGUGACAUUAGCUGCCUUGGACUCUCAGUGACAUUGGACAUAUAUAUGUAUGUAUAUACCUAGAGACCUGUGUGUAACAUGCAGGGAGACUUGAUUGACAGAUUGCCCUACAAGCCUCAGUACUGCUGCUUUUACCAUGGCUCGCCUGCUGACAACGUCAUGUCUUUGGAGAGGGCACUUUGUGGCUUCCCAAUGUUCUGUGACCCUCAGAACUUACAGUGCAGGGAGCAUGGACACUGAACACCUGAAUCAGAGCAUCGUACCAACAAUGCACUUCCAGAAAAGUCUUCCCAGGCUUCCGAUUCCCAAACUGGAAGAUACUACCAAACGAUACUUGAAUGCACAAAGACCUCUUCUAGAUGAUGAGCAGUUCAGGAAGACAGAACAGCUGGUUCAGAACUUUCAGAGUGGUGUUGGGAAACAGCUGCAUGAGGAGCUAGUGACAAAAGACAAGAUCAACAAACAGACCAGCUACAUCUCUGGUCCCUGGUCUGACAUGUACCUCUGUGCCCGUGAGCCCAUAGUAUUUAAUUUUAACCCCUUUAUGUCCUUUACACCUGAUCCUAGACCAGAAUAUAAUAACCAGCUUAUCAGAUCUACUAACAUGAUAGUGUCUGCAAUGCGUUUCUUAAAGACAAUGCGAGCUGGCUACCUAGAGCCAGAAAUCUUCCAUCUGAAUCCAGCAAAAAGUGAUACACAGACUUUUAGAAGGCUCAUUCGAUUUGUACCCUCCUCUCUAUCCUGGUAUGGUGCUUACAUGGUAAACGCAUACCCCUUAGACAUGUCUCAGUAUUUCCGUCUCUUUAACUCCACACGAUUGCCAAAACCCAACCGUGAUGAGUUGGUAACAGAUGAGAGUGGGAGGCACCUACUGGUCCUAAGGAAGGGGAAUUUCUAUGUGUUCGAUGUGCUGGAUAAAGAUGGGAACAUUAUGAAGGCUUCAGAGAUCCAGGCACAUCUUCAGUAUAUUUUGUCUGACACCAGUCCUGCAGCAGAAUUCCCGCUGGGAUACCUAACGAGUGAGGAGAGGAACACAUGGGCACUCUUGAGACAAAAGCUGCUUGACAAUGGGAACCAAGAUGCUUUGAAGAAAGUGGACUCUGCUGUAUUCUGCUUGUGCUUAGAUGAUUUUCCUACCAAGGACCCUAUUCACCUGUCACACAAUAUGCUGCAUGGCUCCAGCCUGAACCGCUGGUAUGACAAGUCAUUCAGCAUAAUCAUGACGGAAGAUGGCACAGCAGCUAUUAACUUUGAGCAUUCGUGGGGAGACGGGGUGGCUGUUUUGAGGUUCCAGAAUGAAGUGUUUAAGGACAGCACUCAACGACCAGCAGUAUCUCCUCAGAGUCUGCCAGCCACUGUGGACUCUAGCAGAGCAGUACAGAAACUUCAAUUCCAUCUGGAUGACCCCUUGAAAGUUGCAAUCAACAAUGCCAAGGAAAAGUUUGAAGCAACUGCUAACUCACUGACCAUUGCUACCAUGGAAUUCAAGAGAGGGGGUAAAGAGUUCCUUAAGGCACAGAAACUCAGCCCGGAUGCAAUAUCUCAAUUAUCUUUUCAGAUGGCGUUCCUCAAGCAGUAUGGCAAAACUACAGCCACUUAUGAGUCCUGCAGUACUGCAGCUUUCAAACAUGGCCGCACCGAGACAAUCCGUCCAGCCUCCAUCUACACUAAGAAAUGCUGUGAAGCUUUUGUCCAACAGCGUUCAGCACACAGUGCCGGGGAGCUCAGGAAAAUUAUGGAAGAAUGUUCCAAGUACCACGGGCAGCUGACCAAGGAGGCUGCAAUGGGCCAAGGGUUUGAUCGCCAUCUUUUUGCCCUGAGAUAUUUGGCAGCCAGUAAGGGGCUUCAGCUUCCGGAGAUAUAUCAGGAUCCUGCAUACACUCAAAUCAAUCAUAAUGUCUUGUCUACCAGCACCCUUACAAGCCCCGCAGUGCAGCUUGGGGGCUUUGCACCUGUGGUAGCCGAUGGCUUUGGAGUGGGAUACGGUGUUCAUGACGACUGGAUUGGCUGCAACGUAUCUGCGUAUCCAUCCCGUGAUGUCAGACAGUUUGUGCAGUGUGUGCACCAGUCUCUGGAGGACAUUUUUAAAGUGCUAGAAGAGAAACCUGUAAAGUCGUAGGGCACUGAAUCAACCUUAUUUGUUUUAUCUUUGCAGACAGCACUGAUUUAUCCAAAUACUGUAAAUGUAUCAAUGUAAUUUAUGAUGCAGAAGCUAAUGGCCUUAAUCCAGGAGCUGUAAGGGUUGUGCUUGUUGGGUUAGAUCUUGUGGAUUAAGUUAGAACUAUUUCUAAAAGAUUGUUGCACUAGUCCAAAGCUGUCAUCAACGUAGUCCUUCUGUAGGGCUUUUCUCAGGUAAUAACCAGGGUACAUCAUCCUGUGGUUUCUGUAGUCACCAACCUCAGCAAACUCCUGAUCUGUAGUAGCUACUGGGCACCAACUGGACCUUUCACCAUUUAUAGAGGUCUCCACUAACUCCCCGGUCUCACGUAAAUCGUUACUUUUAAUAUUGGGCCCUAUUCAUUAAUGUUUUAUAAUGCGCAGGACACAUAUUACAUGCACAAUAUUCUGGCAUUGCUCCCAUGGAACAAAGCAACCUCUACAUUCUGGUUAUUACCUCUCCCCAUAUUGUGCUCUUAACAAAAUUAAAUAUUUGUUGUUAUGCAGAUUUACAGCAAUUGUUUCUAAGAUGUCACAUGACAACUGCAGUAAUACAAAUAAAGAAUGGACUGGGCCUGUUGUAAGAAUCUAGAGAUAAAGCCAGGAAUGUGCCGAUCCCCUCAAUAAAUACACGGUAUGGGAAAUUUCUGAAAACCAUGAAUGUAACUUACAGCGUAUUGCAUCUGCUGCUGAGAGUACAGAGCACAUCACAAUUAAUGUAAACUCAGUCUAUGCAAACACUAAACAGACAACUCCCUUGUAGAACGGUUUAUUAGAUGUAUUUUGUUGUAUGAAUUAUACACAAAUCAAGUCUGCUGAGUGAUUUUCUCAUUUAGGUGAGAAGUUUGUUUUUUUGUUGAUCCCACAUUUGUAAACUUAAAUAAAGCUGAUGAAUAUU